GACAGGAGAAUCUUCCAGAGCAUCAGCCAUCUUAUAUGUUGAUUUGACGAUAAUAAUUCGUAAGCCUAACGAGAAUUUGGUGUGAUUGAUUAUUUGUGAACUCAAAAAGUAAGUUUCGAAAUCAAAUAUGGUUGGGAGACAAAGUAGGUAUAGACGAGGGAGAGGAGGGAGAAGAAUAAGAGGAAGAGGAAGGGGAGGUAGUCAGAGGGGAAGGUAUGCUUUCCGUAACAGAAUUUUCACAAGGAAAGCUAAGUCACCUUCACCAUCAGAAGAUGUUUUUAUUAUUCUGUCAGAUAUAGAAAACAUGGACGAUGGCAGCGAGCAGGAAGAUACAAAAUUAUCAUUCAUUUAUACUGAUAAACAUUCUGAUGAAGAUGAACCGUAUGUUCUUGCUUCUAAAGGUGAAAAUAAAAAGAGUACUCAUACCAAAGAAGGAAAAAUUAUUAGUACAAAACCUUCUGACAGUAGCUCACAGUCAGUUUUAAGUGCAGCAGACACAGAACAUAUGAGUGUCAAAGCAGUAAUGACUAAAAGAUCAGGUGAAACAGCAAACACGACUAUGGAUAUAAAUACCUCUGAAUUGCAGCCAACAAGCAGUAAAUCGUCAUUACAGUCAGCAAUGCUUGCUGGAGAAAGUAAAUUAGAGGAAAAAGAUGAAAGCUGUAGUAAAAUAAUGAAAGAAAAAAACUCGGGUGAAGUACUUCAAAUGUCAAAUGAUAAAAAUACUGAUGAUACGAAAAAUAAAAAUAUAAUCAAUACUCCAGAUAAAGAUAUAAAUGCCAGUGGUCUUGAACAAAAUCUUGAUGAUUUGUGUAAACUUGAGUACAUUGAUUCAGAUGAAGAAUUUGUAGAACUAGAGGACAUGAGCUUAGUUGAAUUAAUAGGGGAAAAGUGGCAAGUAUUGGACUUUGACAAUAGCAUUGAAGACAUAUCUGAAAAAAUGGAGUUAUGGCCAAAACAGGAGCCAGUGAAGAAAGAAAUGUAUGAAAAGACCAAACUUGGUGGUUUAUUUUGUGGAUUUUCUCAUGUUGAACACAACUUGAGAAGGAAUAAGGCAGCUUUAGUUGGUCUAGAGUACAUUGUUGAAGUGUGGAAGAUACGGUGGAGAAAAUUCUGUUAUUUUGAGUGUGUACUAUGCAAUAGACUUUUAAACCAGAAAACAAUGAUUGAACACGUUACUAGCCGAGCUCAUAGGAUUUCAUAUCUGGUGAAACAUUUGCCGAACUAUGGAGAGAGAUUUCCUGUUGCAAAAACAAAGAAUUGGAAGCAGAAGUUUGUUAAAGCAUUAAAUGGUCUUUGUUUACAACUGGAAAAGUGUUUUGGAAGGCAGAAAAUGCAUAUAACAACUCUCCGUUACUUCCAAAAACACAAAAAUGAUAUUCGGAUGGUUAUUGAAGAAGGCCCACAUUAUUCAGAAAAUGAGAAAAUCUUAUUGCCAGAUGAUGUACUAUUAUAUAAAAGAUCAUGCUUAACAACAACUUCUGCAUUGUCUAGUAGUUUGCAUGAGUCAAAAUCUGCUGAGUCUACAAGACAUAAAAAAGAAAGGGAAGAUUUAGAUGACAUGAAAACAUCCCCAGAUUCUAAACCUACUAGUUCCACAGAAGAAUGGAAAAAUAUGUCAAAUUCUAAUAUUCAAGAAAUGAAUAAGAAAACUGAAUCAACUACCAAUUAUAUUGGUAUUAAAGAAGAAGAAGAACUAGAAACAAAAUCUAAUUCUGGAUUGAGAGGAUUAAAAGAAAAAAUCAUCUCAUCCAGUUUAGGUUCUUCGGGAGAUUCUGAAUCUCUAAAAACUGCAGAAGCUAAUGAAGGGGAAAAAAUAGGAACAAAAAUGAUCAAAUCUGAUGCUGAAAAUAGCAUUAAGACCAGAAAUAUCCAGAGGCUACCUGAAGUUGAAGUUAAAGAGGAAAAAAUCCAGUUGGGUAUUACAGAAAAUAAAAAAAUGGAUGAUGUAGCUUCUCAAAUUCAAGAAUGUGCCAAAAAAAUGCCAACAGUUAGCAAAGUUGACAAGCCAAGUGAAAAAGGUACACUAAAAGAUAAGAGGAAAGAACUGUCUACAUCUGACAAAAGCCAGGAAAAGGAAGAGAAAUAUAAAACUUCAGCUGAAAGUGGCAAAAGUAACAGAAAUGAUAAAAUGCAGACAAUCACGAAAGAUUCCAGUGGUGACACAAAUCGACAAGUAACCCAGAAAGUUUCUAGUGGUGAUAGAUACCAGUCCAAGCAAGACAAUAAGAAUGAUUCUCCAGGUGACUAUAAAUGGCCAAGUGAGAAAAAUAAGGUCAUUUCUCAAAUUGACAAAGAACAGUCAAAGGGAGUUUCUUUAAGUGAUAAAGACCAACAGAAAGAGAAGACCAACACUGCUUCUCAAAAUGAUAUACAAUCUCUGAAAGAAAAAAACAAGAGUGUUAUUCAAAGUGAUAAAAACCAGCAAGGUAAAAAGAGGGGGAGUAACUCUCAAAGUGAUAAAGAACCAGAAAAUAAAAAGAUGAAGAAUGAAACUCAAUAUAAUAGAAAUCAGAAGGUAGAUAAGAGCACAGGUGCUUUGUAUGUUGGGAAGAACCAAAAAUAUAUUUCUUCACAAAGUAAUCAAGACCAACAUAAAGAAGAAAAAAGAAAUCUUCUAAGUAAAAAAGAGAUGCAUAAAGAAACCCAAAACAGAGAUGGUUGUAUGACUAAAAGAGAUGAAGAAAGAGAAAAGAUUAGAACAAAUUAUUUCAAGAAAGACAAAGAUGGGGACAGUGGGACUACUUCAAGAAGUGGUUUGGCUCAACCGAAUGAACAGAAAAAAAGUACAAGUUUAGCCAUAAGAAAUGAUCGAAUCAAAAUUGAAAAGAAUAGGGAUGAUCAAAAAUAUGUCGGUAAACACUUUGAAGAGGAUGGAAGGAAAAAGAAUAUCAAACCAAGGCAAAUGACAAGGAAUGAAAAUUACAAAAAUAAGCAGCAUGUUCCAAUGAAAAGAGAACACUCCCAUGAUUAUUUUGUGAUUAAGAGAAAAAGAAGCAGAAGUCCAACCAAACCUGGUGAAAGAAGUACAGGUUUCAGCAGAGACAGGCAACAGUCCACUUCUAAAAAUAGCAGUUAUUGGAUCUCUUCAGAUGACUUUAAGUCUAAAAGAAGUAGAUCUAGGACCCCUAGUGUUAACAAGAAUCACAGAACUGGUUCAAAGUGGAAUACAAACAUAAAAGAAUUGGAGACAUCUGCAGUUCCAGAAAUGAAGUCAAGCAGUCCUAAAUUUCCAGUUGGAGAGCAGUUUUGGGGUGAUUCAACAUUUUCCUAUUAUCAAGACAUUUUUAAUCAUCCAAAGAAUGAAAUCAAUUCUGACAGAUUUGGUGGAUCAAAACAAAUAUACACUGAUAACAAAUGUUUGGAAAGUGAUAAAGGGGAUUGGCGAAUACUACCAGGACGAGAAGAUUUGCAGAUAGAGCAGUCAGGAAAACAUUCAGAAGAAUGGCGGGAUGGAUAUGGUGUCAGACUUGUACAGGCAGAAGAAUUUUCAUCCAGUUCAUUGAUGAAGGAGAGCUUAGAAAAAGAUAACCCAGCUAUGAUGACAACUGAAGUUCGCAAAGAAAAGUGGAUAGAAUUUAUGAAAAAGAGAAAAGAACAUGGUCUUUUUCCAUAUUCCACUUCUGGCUUUCCCUUGCAGAUUGAUAACAUGGUGAAAUCAAGUCAGAGUGGAGUUCAGGCUUCAUCUAAGAUGCCAUCAAAUGAAGGUGAUAAUACGGGUUUCAUGAGUGGAGUUAACUACAUAUACAACAAAACGAAUACUGUAGCUCCUCAAAAUACUUUGAUGUGGCAAUUACCAUACCAAAAUCAACAAGAUUGUGGAAGAAAUAGACCAUCUGAAAUAGGUGAAACUGCAGUACCAGAAAAACUAAGAUCAUAUGAGUUACUGCCAAAUAGAAAUAAUUUUGGUCAUUCAAGUAAUUUAGGAACUUUUAAUACCAAUCUUUCUCAGAACAAUACUUGUAUCUCCUUAGGUUCAACUCUUCAAAAACAGUCCUCUUUCCCUCUAACAGCCCUAGAUUAUCAUUUGCCUCAAAAGCUUUUGGAUACUUCUCAACAGAAAAAUGUAUCUACUGAGGCAUCAGUGAAAGAUUUUAGUGAAGAAUACAGAGAGUCAAUUGCUGAGGAAGUUGCUUCUGUUUUGACAAAAUUAGGGGUGUCUGAUAUUUCUGAGGCAAGAUUGGCUAGUGUUCUUCAGCACUUAGGAUAUGUGCAUUGUAAUAACUCAGGCUCUAGUGAAAUAGUCCAUAGAGAAGACAGAUUAAGUGAAGACCAAACUUCUGUUUACAAUACCAUGUCCGGGUGGGAAGGAAAUACCUCUCAAAAUGCUUAUGGUACUUCACAUAUUAAUAAAGUUACAGAAGUAACCUCAAAUUUGAGUAUCCCCUUAUCAUAUGGAAAACCAGCAAUGUCUGAUGAAAAGUAUAAAACAUAUGUGAACUUGGGCUCUGGAUUAUUUUCCGAAGCAUCAAAGAUACCUACUGGUGCUACUAAAUUUCCAUUGCCAAAUAUUACUGUUCCAUCAUAUCGUACCAUUAAACCUUCUAGUUCUGAAAUACCUAAAUAUACAUCAAAAGAACAGUUGGUGUGUGUCCAGUCAAACUACCAAAUGGGACAGUCCAAGCAAAGGAAAGACAAAAAUAGCUGUGGGAAAGAUAUUCAAACAACAUAUGGCUGGAAUUUUCAAAAUACACCAAGUGGAAUGUCUAUCUCUUCACAGAAUUUACCAUCCACUCAGAUCACUUCAAGCCCCUGGAUUACUCCUGCACUUCAUUCUCAAAGCAUAAGCUCAAAUAUUACCACCCAAAAUAUACAAGUAUCCCAGAACACAAACCCAGUUCCAGUAAACACAUCGAAUUCAACAACAUCAACCUCUGUUCAACAGAUAACUCCGAUAUUUCCACCACCUUUUGAGAUAAUUAAGAACUUCCCACCACCAUUACCUUCAAAUGUUUUGUUUAGUGGUAAUAUUGGUGUUAAACCAUUUUUUCUUCCAUGAAGGGGAAGAAAAUGAAAUAGUGAAAUGUAUUGUGUUGUUUUUUUACUGAAAAAGAAAGCUUAGAGUUGUUUAAAGGAGAUAACGUAUGGUUUAGAUAUUUUGACAGGUAAUGAUUGCUUUAUUUCAUUCAGCUAUAAAAAUCUUGAUUCAAGCAUUUGAAAUCUAAUCCAAGUGUAUUUUUUUUGUAUCAUUGUAAAUUUGAAAGAGUAAUUAGAUUUAUUUACCAGCUAUCAAAUAUGAGAUGUAACCAAAAAUUAAGUUUUGACGAGGUAAUUUUAUAAGUUAAGAAGAACACAAAUCUUCUUUAGUUAUCCUUCUUUAUGUGCCCAUGCUGCUUGUUUUUGUGUAAGGAUUAGUUAACUCAGAAACUACGGAAAAACUCGUUUACUAUAAGAAUUCAAUAUAUAAAUUAAAUGGCAUUGCUUGUCAUGUACAUUCAUACUUUGUGUUCAGAAUUGAAUAAGGAUACUUGAUACCAACAUUCAUAUAGCAGAUAACAAACAUAUGAGCAAAACAAAACACGAACUAAAUAUCUUAACGCGAUGUUUAAAAUGUGUUCGUCAAAUUAAAUGUGAGCUUUAAAAAGUGUGCUAAAAAUUUUGUUUGUAAAAAUGUGAGUACCAUUAGGAAUGACUUCUAUAUAAUAGAUAUUUUGGCUGUAACAGUUGUUAGCCAUAUUGUUUGGUGGUUAAUUUAAUAUGGAACUGUAGGAGACUGUUUUGAUUAUUGAAUUACUUUUAUGUAUAGUUGUGCAUAAAUUUCAGUUGUUAAUGUUAGAGACCACUAUGGAUUUGAUGCUUUCGUCUAUUCUUAAUACAAGUAAUUUGUAUCACAUGUUGCAUCUGAGGUUCUCCAUAAAAUGUGGUGUUAAAGUAAUAUGUUUGUAAGAACAUGUCAGUUUGAUGCAUUGCUGAUUAUGUCUCUUUAUUUUGUAUUACUAGUGUAUACUGAAUAAAAAAAAAUCAGCUUUCAUUUUUAGACUUACAGUUAUACAUGUAUGUUUGGACGAUUAGAUAUUUCACCAAUUGCAUAUAAUUUGUAGGUAUUUUUUCCUCUCAUAUGUAACUUUUGAACUAUCUAAGAAAUUAAAUAGAUAAGUAUUGGUCUGUUUAAUGUUGUUUGUUUAAUUAAACAGGUUACUGUAACUGUUCAGAAGGUAUCAUUAGUCCUUGUAGAGCAAAUUCACAAUUCUGUACUCUUAAUUUGAAACAGUCAACACAAGCAGUGAUUUUAUAUUGUUACAUCAACAAAUAAAAUUUCAUAGAAACGUUAUAAGCUUGAAAUUAAUUAAUUUUUUUUUACUUCACAGUGUUUAGUUUAAGCAUGAAAAAUAAUUGCAUAUUUAAUUUUUUUGUUGGAGAGAGCUUUCAAAGAUUAAAGAUUCUCAUCAACAUUUGACAAUACCUAUUUUAUAAUUUCACCUACAUGUAACUACUAAAGAUUAAGCUG